AUGGAGCGAUACGGCAAGGCCAUCAAGCUGCUGCCUGCCACUCAUGCGGACAGGGCCAUUCUGCACAGCAACCGUGCGGCCUGUCUGCUGCAGAUGCGUCCAGUGGACUACGAAGGGGUGCGGGCGGAGUGUGACGCCAGCCUCGCUCUCAACCCGGGCUUCUGCCGUGCACUUCUGCGCCGCGCCAAGGCGUUGGACGCGCUGGGGGAGAAGGACAAGGCGGAGGCUGACGUGGACGCGAUUCUCAAGGCGGAACCCUCCAAUCAGGACGCAUGGGAGCUCAAGAAACGGCUGCAGAAGCUGAAGGCUCCUCCCGCCAGCAAGCAGCCUUCGUCCGUCCCUUCCUCCGUCCCUUCCUCUGCCGCUGCUGCUACCUCCGCACCUCCAUCCCUCUCCACAGACCCACAACCCAUCCCCACCGAUCCCACCGCCUCUGUCAAAUCAUCCUCAUCCCAAUCAGAGCAGGCGCAGGCACCAGAUGUUCCUGCUGAUGAUGCUGACGUGGCAGAGGUGGAGUGGGAGGAGGAGGAGGAGGGAGAGGAGGAGGUGGAGGUGGAAGAGGAGGAAGAGGUAGAGGAGGAAAUUGAGGUGCCUGUGAGUGUGGGGAAGGAGAAGGGGGAGGAGGGAGAGGAGGAAAAUGCGGGGGAGGCAGAAGAGGGAGAGGAGGGGGAGUGGGAAGAGGGGGAGGAGGGGGAAGCAGGGGAGGAAGAGGAGGCGCAACAGGAGGUGCUAGUUGAUUCGUGGAUAAUUCAGUUUGCCGACCUAUUUAGGGAGCGGCUGGGCAUUGAUUCGCUCGCCAGCUUUGACCUGGCGGAUGCUGACGUGGCAGCAGUUAAUAGGGCGCUGGAGGGGACUGUGGAGGCGGAGGAAGCUUCUGAGUUGCUGCAGCAGGCGGCUGCCAAGUUCCAGAGCAUGGCAGCAGUGGCGCAUUUGAACUGGGGCAACACCUAUGUUUGGAUGGCUCGGCGCAGGCUCGGGCUCAAACCUGCUCCUGAAACUGCCCAAACCACCACCGCUGCUGCUGCUGCGGCGACUGGCAACACAGAGGAGGAUGGUACAAAGGCAGACGAAGGGAGCAUUGAAUCCGGCAAGGCGGAGAGGCGAGCAGCCAAGUUAGGGGAGGUGGAGGCAGCUCGAGGGGUGCUGGAGCAGGCUCGGGAGAAGUACGAAGCUGCUCUGACGGUGCAGCCGAACCUGCCAGAUGCGCUGCUGGCGCUGGGGCAGUGCUUUGUGGAAAUGGCGCGAGCAGAGGAGUUUCUGGCAGUACUGGAAGGGGAGGAGGGCGAGGAGGGGCAAGAGGGAGAGAAGGGGGAGAAGGGAGACAAGAAGGAGAAGGGAGAGGGAGAGAAGGGGAGUGAAGGCGGAGAGGGGAAGAAGCGAAUGAGAGGGGUGCUGGAGUGUUUGGCUCAGGCAGAGGAGAAUUUCACCGCUGCUGUCAAGGAUGCAUUCCUCGCUGACGUGGCGGCGUUCCGGCAGAACGUGAACCUCCAGCUGGCCAACUGCGUGUUUGACAAGUCGCAAGUCCAGUUCAAGCUAUCAGACGCGGGAUGGGAGUCGUCUCUCAAGGCAGCAGUAGCAGCGUUCAAGGAAGUGGGAGUAUCAGAAGAGGAGGUGCAGCGUGUGCUCGCCACACAUGCCUCUUCGCAGGCAGGAAGCUCGCCCCCUCAGUCUUAG